CGUUAAUCUAUAUAUACAUGUAUUUAAAACGGCGAUUAUACGUUGGAUUUAUCAACCUUCUCUUUCCAUAUAGUAUAUAAUGUAUAUACUAUAUACUAUAUAUGCGUGUAAGAAACCGCAUACAUUGUCGCGAUUAAACCUUAAUAAGAGGGCUAUAAAAAUAGAUAACUGACUAUACGGAUUCUUUUAUGGAUUUUGUCGUUUUAAUAUAUAUAUAUAUAUGUAUUUUUAUUAUGUUAUUUUGUAUUUGCGGCGGGUGGUCGAAGUCGUAAUAUCGAUGUGAUGUGCUCUUCCGGUUCAUUACAACCCCGCGCGCGCUGUCGUACAUAACAUUAUGGUAAUCAUUCAACAAUAUUGUAGUGUGGUAGUGGUAGGUUAUUCUCCGUGAAAAUUUGAAUACCCUUAUUAAACAAAAGUGGCUUAUACGUUUAUAUCUCAAUAUAAUAAAAAUUAUAAUUCGUUUAUAAUAUUAUAUAUAAAGAGUAUUACCUAUAGUCCAUAGUCCGUUGGUAAUCUAUUAUAUAAAAAUAAGUCCGGUUUUCCUCCCUGACGCUAUAACUCCAGAACGCACGAACCGAUUUCCACGGUUUUGCAUUCGUUGGAAAGGUCUUGGGCUCCGUGAGGUUUAUAGCAAAGAAAAUUCUGGAAAAUUCAGGAAAAAUUCAACAGAAAAGUGGGGAAAUCGUUUUUCACAUACAGCGCCAUCUAUUAUACAUAGCAUGUACUUCAAACCAAUAGCAACGGUGCGUGAUAAAGUGUGUGACAGAUAUCAUUAUUCUCUGUUCAGUUAAUUUCAUUUAUUGUAAAUUAUAUGGAUCGUGCAUUUGAAGUUAAAUUCAACACUAUGUCCAUAGUCCAAAAUGCCUAGAGAACGACGUGCGAACAUCGGCCGCCGCACAAGACAUGCAAGCCAGCAACAAGUCUAUUCAAGGAACUUAAGAGAAGAAAGACAAAAUAUAAUAAGAGAAAAUGACCGAUUGAGACAUCGCGUGAGCACACGAAGAUCAUUGGCAUCAUACAAUCGCUUGGCAUUCCAAUAUGAUCCCACUGCGAACUACAGUGAUGAUGAAAAUUUGGAUAUUGGACGAAUGACGACUAUAUGCCGAUAUUGCAAUGCGGUAAAGUUCAAAAGAGAAACGGUUGGAUUGUGCUGCGCAAGUGGAAAAGUCAAACUGGAUCCAUUACUUACACCACCACAGCCACUGAAAACAUUGUUUGAUGGAAGUGAUCCCGAUUCCAGCCAUUUUCUUCAACACAUCCUUGAAUACAAUAACUGCUUUCGCAUGACUUCCUUUGGAGCUAAUAUCAUUCGAGAAGGCGGCUUCAUGCCGACUUGCAAGAUACAAGGUCAAAUAUAUCAUUUGCAUGGUUCAAUGGUGCCAACACCAGAUGAACCGCAUCAAUUUCUGCAAAUAUAUUUCAUUUCGUCGAUGGUGGAUCAGCUGAACGUGCGGUGCAAUAUACAGGGAGCACAACAGUUAAAGAGACGAAUUAUUGAACAGUUGCAAGCAUUUUUUCACGCUAAUAAUGCUGUGGUUAAUAUGUUCAAAACAGCAUUGGAACGAAUGCCAUCGGAUACGCACAAAUUUGUCAUAAGAGCGGAUUGUACUCCGACAGGUGAACAUGUGCGAAGAUUCAAUGCACCCACCGUUAAUGAUGUUGCUGCAAUUAUUGUUGGCGAUCCAACUAAAUCACGAGACAUUGUCGUUCAGCGAAGAAGCAAUAUCAUGCAUCGUGUAAACGAGACACAUCGUUUGUACGAUGCGUUACAAUAUCCAAUCAUUUAUUGGCAAGGGCAAGACGGAUACGACAUCACGUUGAAGAUGGUCGAUCCAAUUACAGGAGUAUCAACGAAUAAUAAAAAUCUAAGCGCAAUGAAUUACUAUGCGUAUCGUAUGAUGAUUCGUACACAUGAGGAGAAUGUCAUUCUGAAGUGCGGUCGGCUAUUCCAGCAAUUCGCUGUUGACAUGUAUGUCAAAGUCGAGACCGAACGUUUAGCGUUCAUCAGAUUCAAUCAGCCAAAGCUACGAUCUGAGGACUAUAUACACUUGCGUGAUGCUAUUCAUUCAGAUGGUGAUGUUCAGAAUAUUGGACGACUGACGAUUCUCCCAUCAACUUAUAUCGGAAGCCCACGCCACAUGCACGAAUACGCUCAAGACGCUAUGAGGUACGUGCGAAAUUAUGGAACUCCGGAUUUAUUUAUUACGGUCACAUGCAAUCCGAAGUGGACGGAAAUUGAACGCGAGUUGGAACCGGGUCAAAAACCGCAAGAUCGCCAUGACAUAAUCGCCAGAGUAUUUCAGCAAAAACUCAAGGUUAUGAUGGAUGUGCUUACUAAGUAUCGAGUUUUUGGUGACACACGUUGUUAUAUGUACUCGGUGGAAUGGCAGAAGCGUGGACUACCGCAUGCUCAUAUCCUAAUUUGGUUGCUGAACAAAUUACAUUCAAAUGAAGUGGAUGACAUCAUAUCAGCUGAAAUUCCUGAUCCAGUCACUGAUCCCCGUCUACACGACAUUGUGACGACACAGAUGGUGCAUGGACCGUGCGGUGCAUUAAAUCCAUUAUCGCCUUGCAUGGCUGAUGGAAAGUGCACAAAACGAUAUCCGCGACCGUUAGUUGCUGAAACAGUCACAGGGAACGAUGGAUAUCCAGUUUAUCGUCGGCGUUCAAAAGAAGAUAACGGUCGAACUAUCAAAGUUAAAGUUCAAAAUCAAGAGAUUGAGAUCGGAAAUGAAUUCAUUGUACCAUAUUGCCCGCUGCUAUCACGAAUUUUCGAAACACAUGCAAACGUUGAGAGUUGUCAUUCGGCCAAAUCAAUCAAAUAUUUGUGCAAGUACGUCACAAAAGGCAGCGACAUGGCUGUGUUUGGUAUUGCGUCGGAAAAUGUGAAUGACGAAAUCAGCAACUUCCAAAUGGGCAGAUACGUCAGUACUAAUGAAGCACUGUGGCGAUUAUUGUCAUUUCAAAUUCAUGAAAGAUAUCCCACAGUUGUACAUUUAGCAGUGCAUUUGGAAAAUGGCCAAAGAGUUUACUUCACUGAGGCUAAUGCGGCACAACGAGCUGAGAGACCACCAUCGACAACAUUGACUAGCUUCUUUGCAAUGUGUGAAGCAGAUCCAUUCGCAGCGACGCUGAUGUACGUUGAAAUGCCCAAGUAUUACACUUGGAAUCAAUCAACAAAGAAAUUCCAACGUCGCAAACAAGGAAGCCCAGUUCCAGACUGGCCACAGGUGUUUUCAACUGAUGCACUAGGUCGUAUGUACACUGUUCAUCCUAGAAACGAUGAAUGUUUUUAUUUGCGACUGCUGUUAGUAAAUGUACGUGGACCGAAAUCAUUUGCGCAUUUGAAAACUGUGAAUGGCCACCAAUGCCAAACAUAUCGAGAAGCAUGUCAACUAUUGGGUUUGCUGGAGAACGAUUCUCAUUGGGAUUUAACACUUGCAGAUUCAGUUGUUUCAUCAAAUGCGUACCAAAUACGAACGCUGUUCGCAAUUAUCAUCACCACAUGUUUUCCUUCACAACCAAUUCAGUUAUGGAACAAAUACAAAGACGCCAUAUGUGAAGAUAUCUUGCAUCGCUUGCGUAUUCAAACGAAUAAUCCUGACAUCCAAAUAACCGAUGAAAUCUACAAUGAAGGAUUGAUUCUGAUUGAGGAUCAAUGCUUGACUAUUGCAAACAAGCUACUGAUUGAAGUAGGAAUGAUUGCGCCAAAUCGAUCGAUGCACGAUGCAUUCAACCAAGAAUUAAAUCGAGAGCUGCAAUACAAUGUUGAUACAUUGCAGGAAUUCGUUAGAAAUAAUGUUCCGUUGCUGAAUGAACAGCAAAAACAAGUAUACAAAACAUUAAUGCAAGCGGUGGACAAUAAUACUGGUGGUCUAUUCUUCCUGGAUGCACCUGGAGGAACAGGGAAAACAUUUGUCAUUUCAUUGAUUUUGGCCACUAUUCGAUCAAGAUGUGACAUAGCUUUGGCGUUAGCAUCAUCUGGAAUUGCGGCGACUCUUCUAGAUGGCGGUCGUACUGCACAUUCUGCGCUUAAGUUGCCACUCAAUUUAAACACAAUUGAUACUCCAACGUGCAAUAUUUCCCGAUCCAGUGCAAUUGGAAAAUUGUUAAUGCAAUGCAAGCUCAUUGUUUGGGAUGAGUGCACAAUGGCACAUAAGAAAUCACUUGAAGCACUUAACUUCACACUGAAGGAUCUUCGGAGAAAUAACAACAUCUUUGGCGGCUUGAUGAUAUUGUUGGCAGGCGAUUUCAGGCAGACGUUGCCAGUAGUUCCCCGUGGAACGCCUGCAGAUGAAUUGAAUGCUUGCCUAAAGGCAUCACCUUUAUGGAAUAACGUAAAAACAUUAUCGCUAACCACUAAUAUGAGAGUUCAACUUCAAAAUGAUCAAAGUGCUGCACAAUUUUCCAAACAAUUGUUAGAUCUUGGAAAUGGAAAAGUCCCAGUUGAUGCGACAUCUGGAUUAAUUACUCUUACCAACGACUUUUGCCGAUUUGUAGACACUCAAUUAGUUCUUAUUGAAAAUGUUUUCCCAAACAUUAGUGAGAAUUAUAAGAAUUAUGCUUGGUUAAGUCAACGAGCAAUUCUUGCAGCAAAGAAUAAUGAUGUCCACGCACUGAAUUUCACCAUUCAAUCAAAAAUUGCUGGCGAUUUGGUGACAUACAAAUCCGUUGAUUCAAUAACAAAUCCCGAUGAUGUAGUAAAUUAUCCAACGGAGUUUUUGAACUCUCUGGAGAUACCAGGAUUUCCACCACAUAACUUGCAACUGAAAGUUGGUACAGUUAUUUUGAUACUGCGUAAUUUGAAUCCACCGCGACUUUGCAACGGUACUCGACUUUCGGUAAAGAGACUUAUGCCGAAUUUAAUUGAGGCAACCAUUAUUAACGGAAAGUACGCAGGUGAAAAUGUAUGUAUUCCUCGAAUACCAAUGAUUCCGACUGAUCUUCCGUUUGACUUCAAACGAUUGCAAUUCCCAGUUCGCCUUGCGUUCGCAAUGACAAUUAAUAAGUCGCAAGGCCAAUCGCUUAGUGUUUGCGGGAUAAAUUUGGAAAAUCAUUGUUUUUCACAUGGACAGUUAUACGUUGCGUGUUCACGAGUUGGGAAACCAUCCGCUUUGUUUGUGUUAACGUCAGACCAAAAAACAAAAAAUGUGGUUUACCAAAGAGCACUACAAUGAAACAAUUAAAUAACACUUCAUUUUAGUAGGUAAUUGAAAUGAAUUUAUUACUGUUGUGAAAUGAAAUAAAUAUUUUCCUUUUCAAAUAUAUAACAAAAAAAAUUUUUUUUCUUUAUGUUUUAAUCACCAAACGAAAUGUUACAUAAAACGAAUCUGGUGGCGAAACGGAGUUCGCCGGGUCUGCUAGUCGUUUAAUAAAAUUUUUAUAGUGGGUACUUAUAGUUUUUAUGAUAUUUGAGAAGUUAUCUGAUUUUGAUAGUCGAUUGUAUACAACGUUUAUCCUACUGAUGUACCUAUAUUAUACUCGUAGUCGUAGAAUAACAAUAAUAAUAUAAUAUUUUUGUGUCAUCUUAUCAUCACACGGACUGCAUUUUAGGUACCUGCCUACUUGACGGUGGCGUACACAUAUUAGUAUUACUUUCCGGGCGUAAACACUUAUGAAUUUAUAAUAUUAGUUGGUUUUAUUUUUUUUUGUUUGGAAAUAAUAUGUCAUAUCUUAUCUUCAAAUAAUAACUCGAACGCACGUUUAAAAAAUAAUGAACCUUAAAAUCUAAUUAUGAACAAAUUUACAUUUUAUAUUUCAUAUUCAUAAGUCAUAUAAAUAACUGCUAUUAAUAACGUGAUGUAUUAUGAAUACACCUACGAUAUACCAAUGAUACGAUGUAUUUUUCUAACCCUUUAUUUUUUUUAUUCACUAAAACAAUAUAAAACUUUUAAUUUAAAUAAUUGUAUUUUUAUCCGCAGGAAUAUAGUUUUAGUAUGAUUUAGAUUUUUUGAGGUAUUAUUAAUUUUCAAUCACAUUAUAAUGCUUAUAAAUCGAUUUUUUUUUAAAUUAUAAAUAAAGUUUUAUCCUAAUGUGAUUGUUUCUGCCGAAAUUGGCCGUGAUCUACGAUGGGUACAAAGCAACUAGAGUGUCUGGAGAAUGGAUUUAUGCUCGACACGUCAAAGAGAAAGCUUAAAAAACUGCAAGAUUUGUGACCCGUAAGGUCCGACAACUAGGUCAACUGAUAUUUUUCAUACUCGUGCUUUUCUAUACUGUAGUUCAUCUUCAAAAGUGUUGGACACAUUUUUUUGUUCAUUCGAUAUUAUAAAUUCUGCCACUUACCGAGGUCGAUAAAAUUAU